CUCCAACCCCACCCCUAACGGCUGCCACCUGGGCCGGGCCCCUGGUGCUCACCAGGUCAGCUGCAGUAGCCACUUUGCUAGAUUAGAGCGGUUUCACCUCACUGGGUCAGGGUGAAAGCCAAAUGCUGUCCUCACACCUUAGACUUGUGGGUCCCACGGCAGUUCAGCUCCCUCUCGGCCAGCUGCUCAUACCAGACCCUGAGAGUUGUCCUUAACUCCUGUGUGUCCACGUAGAGCCACUGGCCAAGCCUGGAUCCAGCCUCUUCUGGACUACUGCACUCCCUGUGGUUUCCUAUGCCCCCUCGUAGUCCCUCCUCCACGAAGCAGAAGAGACUUCUAAAAGCUGGUGGUGACAUUGCCCCGCCCCCUGCCCUCUUAAGGUCCCGCAUGACCUGCCUGUUGUCCUCUGACCGCAUCCCCUUCCAGGCCACCUGGCCUUCCUGCUCUCCCUCAGAAUGCAGUUCCCCCUGGUCCCUGCAGUGCCACCUUGGGCAGGUGGCCGCCCCAUCAGGCCUUUCUCUGACUCCACUCUGCGCUGCCACGCUCAGCUCUAAUAGCACCUGGCUUAGGAACACUGAGGGCCUGGGAUGUGGCAGAGGGCCCAUUCUGGAACUUGCUGGAACCAACUUGAGGCCCCUGGGGUGGGUUUCUAGCUUCCAGGCCCCAUAACAGAGGCUCCUCAGCAACCCACCAGGCACCUCUCACCUUUUUCCUCCUGGGCCUCUGGCCCCUCUGCUCGCCCUCAGCCAGGCCCCCUUUCCAGCGAGGGCAGGGGGAGAGCAAACCAUGGCCCACUGUCAAGCAUUUCUCUUCUCUGCUGACUCGGCACCUGGGCUCUGGCCCCUGAGCUAAGGCACAACCCCCCAUACCUGACAGCCUCAGCUGCUCCCUGGCUCUUGACCCUCUGAGUUGGGGCUGUGGGGAGACUGAGGCAGCCUUGGCUCUGUAUUUUCUUCUAGGCCAGUACUUGGUCUUUUAACUUGUUACCCAACAUAACAGCCCUGGAUCCCAGGUCAUUUCAGGUAUCUGGUUUUCCUUUCUCAUCCUCUUGGGUUGAAGGCCCUUCAGGCCCUUGGUUCAUGGGGAGUCAGGGUCUCCUGAGGCAGGAUGGGGACCUGUGAAUGCUCCUCCUGCCCCACUCACCAAGGACGUGAGGCUGGGUCCCAGGCAGGCAGCCAUACUUGGCGCAGAAAGGGGACAUCCUGUGUCGCACCCCUGUCUGGAUGCACUGCGCCGGUCUUGUUGCUUCCACACUGACACGGACAUGGUGUGCUUUUCCAGAAUGAGUCUGCAGAUCUUAAAUGAUGAAAACGUCACUGGUGACAAAGCCACUGAAAGUCGCGACUUCCUGUUUUCACCACCAGAACUAACCAGAAGGUCUUCUGUUCUUCGUCUGUCGCAGAAAGAAAAUGUGCCCCCCAAGAGCAUAGCCAGAGCCAUGAAGGUAACCUUUCAGACGCCUCUGCGCAAUCCGCAGACGCACAGGAUUUUAAGCCCUAGAAUGACUGGUAAGCUAGAGGCUCCUUUUGCUCUGGACGAGACUGUUGGGUUGGCAGACUCUGAUCACGGCUGCACAGAGAGAGAUCACCAACAGUUAACCAAGGACGUGGAUGCCGGAACUAACAACAGGGCCCAGCAGCAGGCCAAGACCGAUGCAGUCCCUCCCUCAGAGGCCACGGAACCAGCAGGCACCGGAGGCUCCCAGGACUCCAGCUUGGCACCUCUCAGUGACCGGGCCUCUGCGGGCUCGUCCUGUGUCCUCGAAGGCCUUGAAGACCUAGCAACGUCUCCAGGUCGAGUGUCUGGCAGCCCUGAGAAAACCUUGGAUGAAAUCACUUGUUGUUACUCCUUAGAUAAAAGUAUUACAUGCACCUCCGAAAACCUGGAAGAUGGGGCCGGAACAGGAUCCCUCGAAGGCACAGAGAAGCCUCCCGGGGCCGCCGAGGGGAGCUUGGACUGCUGGGUCUCCUCAGCUGAGGCCAUUUUGCCUCCUGGGGGGCUACAAGGGGAGACGCUCCCUGCAGACCUGUCCAACGAGGCCCCAGCCUGUCCCGAGGACACAUGCACCCCCCGGGAGGAGGAGCAGAGGCCACUGGCCAGCACAGCGGGUGACACCGAGGCCCCUGGCACUCCUGUGCCCACAGGUGCUGCCCAGCCUCCGCACAUACUUCCCCCUAGCCCCAGCUCCGGUGCCCAGCAGGAAGAGGGCACGGGGCAGGCAGCUGCUUCCUCGCAGAGCGAGCUUGUGAGGCUGGAGAUCGGCUUCUCUGACCACCCUGCUGGCAGAAAGGUGCCUCCACCACGGGGGCUGGGAAAGAGGCCCAGCACCAAGCCCCCCGCCCUAAGGCCAGAGACGAGGCAGGAGAAGUCCCCCAGGAAGGCGGGAGAGGAAGGCGAGCACCCUGUUUCUGUUCCCCAGGGAUCCUACAACCUGGACUGGGACAAGCUGGAUGACCCAAACUUCAGUCCGUUCAACAGGGGCUCCCAGUGUGCUGGCGGGGAGGCCCAGCCCCUUCCCACCACCAAGCAGCUGGGUGCUGGGCCUGCAGCCACGGGGGACACAGCCCCAAGUCAGCAGGUGGUUCCAGCCCCAGCCGAUGACACACCUGAGUUCCAGAUGGCAGACGAGACCCCACAGGCUGCAGGCAAGGAGGGGACAGCAGGUCUCAUGAGCAAUGAGCCGGCAGCCUCGCCCACCCAGCCGCUGGCCCAGCCCCCUAUGCAGGGGCCAACCUCUGACCCAGCCAUGGAGACUUUCAGGGACCCCACAGAAGUUCUAGGCUCGGGUGCCGAGGUGGACUACCUGGAGCAGUUUGGCACCUCCUCGUUCCAGGAGUCUGCACUGAGGAAACAGUCCUUGUACCUCAAGUUCGACCCCCUCCUGAGGGACAGCCCAUGCCGGGUGGUUCCCACGGUGGCCAAGACACGCAGCGUUCCGGAGGCGGGUGAGCCCCCCUCAGCAGGACUACCCCUUGCCAGGCUGGAAGAGGUGGACUUGCUGGGAGCCCUGGAUGUCCCUGUGCCAGGCCUUGACCCGUGCGUCCUGGGACCCGGGGGCCUGUCCCUGCCCAGCAUGCCCAUUGUGGACAUGCUGCAGUACACACAGAAGGACCUGGACGUCGCGGUGAGAGCCUCACAGGUGGAGAGCCAGCAGCUGAGGAGCAGGUGUGAGGAGCUCCACGAGAAGAACCAGGUGCUGGGGAAGAUCAUGGACGAGUUUGAAAGGGUCGCACACCAGACAGUGGAGGAUGCUCGGAAACAGAAGGAGCUUGACAAAGCUGAACUCCAGAAGGCUCUGAAAAAAAUCAGUCAACUUACUGCGGACUUGAACUCCCUGGAAAAGUCUUUCUCUGACCUCUUCAAGCGGUUUGAGAAGCAGAGGGAGGCGCUCGAAGGCUACCGCAAGAAUGAAGAGGCGCUGAAGAAGUGCGCGGAGGACUACAUCCUGCGAAUCGAGCAGGAAGGCCAGCGCUACCAGGCUCUGAAGGCCCACGCGGAAGAGAAGCUCCAGCUGGCCAAUGAAGAGAUGGCUCAGUUCCGCAGCAAGUCUCAGUCGGAGGCGCUGGCCCUGCAGGCUAGCCUGCGCAAGGAGCAGAUGCGCAGCCACUCGCUAGAGAGGACCGUGGAGCAGAAGGCUAAAGAAAUCGACGAGCUCACCAGGAUCUGUGAUGACCUGAUUUCAAAGAUGAAAAAGAUCUGAUCUGGAAGCCACCAGCCAGUGGCCUUCUGUCCCCUGCCUGCCCGUCUGUGUGACUGUCUGUGAACCUGUCUCCUAUACGUUCUCUCCUAACCAACUUUCUCUCCUAAUCUCUACUUCUUUUAAACUAGAUUGCUUUUAAAAAGACUAAAUAAAGUUUCCCUUAAGUUUAAGCUCUGAA